AUAAUUUCAAUAACCGGCAUUUCCGCCGUUCAUCUUCGUCACCGGGAAAAAUGGCGGUCUCCGGCGAUGUGAAACUUCUGAGCAUGUGGGCAAGCCCCUUCGCGGUGCGAGCGAUGAUAGCUCUCAACAUAAAAUCCGUCGAAUACGAGCUCCACGAGGAGAUUCUCACAUCGAAGAGCGAUCUUCUCCUCGAAUCGAACCCGGUUCACAAGAAGCUUCCGGUUCUGAUCCACGCAGGUAAACCGGUUAGCGAGUCGCUCGUCAUCGUUCAGUACAUCGACGAAACCUGGAGCUCAUCUGGGCAUCCUAUUCUCCCCUCCGAUCCGUACGAUCGAGCCCUCGCUCGGUUCUGGGGCGCUUAUGUCGACGACAAGUGUUACGCCUCACUGAGAGAGAUAAUAGAAGCGAAGGAAGAACAAGCGAGGAAAGAAGCAAUAUGUAAAGCAGAAGAAGGGAUAAAGCUUUUGGAGAAGGCGUUAAUGGAAUGCAGCAAAGGAAAAGCUUUCUUCAAUGGCGACCGUAUCGGAUACACAGACAUUGCCCUCGGCUGCUUGCUGGCGUGGAUGAAAGUGGUGGAGCAGAGGAUCGGACAGAAACUUCUGGACGAGAUCAAGACUCCGGUUCUGUGCGAAUGGGCAGAAAGAUUUUGCGACGAUCCUGUCGUGAAGCCCGUCAUGCCCGAUGUCGACAAACUCUCGGAGUUUGCCGAGAUACUGUUUCCCAAGCCGGCCUCACUUGCUUAAGACGACGUCGUUUUCGGCUAGUACUGAUAUUGGUUUUAUUUUAAAACUAAAUUAUAAUCUAAUAAAAUUGGAUCUUCCUCGAGGGGUAUAUAUAAUAUAUGUCCUUAAAAUUGGGUUUUUCACUAGUUUUUUUUUUGGGCGGUCCAAAUGUUAUUUUUUUUAUUCUACAUCUUUUAUUUUGGGUGUAGUAGAUUAGUGGUCCAACAAAUAUUUUUUUAUUUAAAAAAACUGUAUGUUAAUGUUAGUGUGAGGAGUUGACACGA